AGACCAUCAUCUCUCGCUCUAUAAAUAAAAGUCAUGCGUCGUCUGAGACAAUCCAUGAAUCCAAGCUAGCCAUUUCUCAGUCGAUCUUCCUUUCGACAGACAGCAAAAUCAGCCAGCCAUGGGAAGCAACAAUGGUCUUAGGAGUGUGAUCAUUUGUGUCCUCCUACUGGGGCUAGUUCUGGGGCAGGUCCAAGUAGAGGGAAAGAGUUGCUGCAAAACCACGACGGCAAGAAACUGCUACAACGUCUGCCGUUUCACAGGGGCUUCCAGACUAGCCUGCGCAAAUAUUUGUGGAUGUACGAUCACAAGUGGCACAACAUGUCCAAAUGACCUUCGUAAAAUGCUCCUUCUUCUCGACUCCAGUGAAGUACCAGAUGCCACUAAGUACUGCAACCUCGGAUGUCGCUCUAGCGUGUGUGACAACAUGAACCACGAUUUUCAUGGCGCAGAGACGAAAAUCGAUGAGGAACUCUGCCGCAAUGCAUGUGCAAGUUUCUGUAACGGGGAUGCGGUCGUUAAUGCAUCCGCUGAAGAAUAAUCAUGCAUGAUGUCCAAUGCCAAGGUUAUG